UCAUCAUCAUCAUCACUAUUACGAGUACAUGUACUUUUAUCAUAUUAACCAACACCUCAAAAACAAAACACUUAAAAAAGAGCAUUCCUUUUAAAAACUUACUUCAAUGAAAAUGCAAGGUUAAUAAAACGCUGUUGCUUAAUUUUCGUUUCAGAUCGCAGCUUUGAUUUUCACCUGAACUCUCGAAAUCCUGAUUCUUUAAAAAGGGAACUUGAAACAAGCAAAGCAGAAAGGAUUUAUGUUAUUGGUACGUUUCAAAUCAAACCAUGAAUUUCCAGCUAAUUACAUUAUAAAUUUAAUCAGCAGAAUAGCGAAUCUGGCCAUGUUACGACAGUUAAAGAAAUGCACGAUUUUUGCCACUAUCACAGUGUUAGUAUUUGUAAUAUUUACAAAUUCAUUGCUGUAUUUGGAGCGAUAUCAGACUGAAUAUUUCCAUCUGGACACGGAUGCUUAUUUUGAAGAUGCUAAAGAUUUAAAGUACCCUGUCAAAGUACAGCCGUAUUUGUUCCGACUUAUAAAUGCGUCUAAUCCGAGUGUUCCAUUAACCAUAAGUGCGCCUUAUGUUAUUGAGAACCGUCAUCGUUGCCGUUCUGUGAAGAAUCUUACGAUGAUUGUUGUAGUUAAUUCAGCGACAGACCAUUUUGAACAGAGACAGAGUAUAAGAGCAACUUGGACAAACGACACGUAUUACUCGUAUUUAGCAACAGUCAGAGUUGUGUUUCUUGUCGGCAGAACUGUGAGUCACGUUGUCCAAUCUGCGCUUGAAAUGGAGUUCGAAAAGUAUAAGGAUAUUGUACAAGGAGAUUUUAUAGAUUCCUACACCAACCUUACACAUAAAGGUGUGAUGGGUUUUAAAUGGAUUACGGAGAGAUGUCGCAAUGCGGAGAUGAUUCUGAAAGUUGAUGACGACAUUGUAGUCAAUAUGUUUCUGUAUCUCUAUAAAUUAAAACAUUCUAAAGCGCUACAAAAGGCAAACGUAUAUUGUGAAUACAAAUCCGAGCCUAUAAACAGAGAUUUUACAUCAAAAUGGUAUGUUGAUGAAAGUCAUUUCAAAGGAGUAAAAAGAUAUCUGAAAUUUUGCAAAGGAAAGUUUGUGAGUAUGACGAAUGAUAUAAUGCCAUCUUUAUAUCUAUCCGCCUCGAAGUCGCCGUUUUUUCAUAUCGAUGACGUUUUGUUGUUUGGAUAUGUCCUGCAUAAGGUUCCAGGAUUGAAGUAUGAAACGUUCAGUGACAGUGAUUGGCAGGAGAUAACUAAUGAAGCAAAACACUGUUUAGAUACCAAAAAAGAAAAAUGUACAUACAUUGCCAUGCAGGCCGGUUACAAGGAGGACGUGUUAAAUAUUUGGUCGAAAGUAGUCAAACACUUUAAACGUAGUUUUAAAGAUAAAUCAUAGCCACAACAAAAGUGAAUAAUAGUUCUACUACUUUUAUCAUUCAUUAGAAUAUCCUAUUUUUAAAAAAAUAUUAAUUUAAGCCUAAAAUACACAAAUAAGACGUGUGAAGAUAAACAAGUUUAACAAUUAAAUAUUUUAUCAAUAUGUGUUUGUUUUACGAUGUCAAGAAUUUCUAAUGACGUUCGUUUAUUUAAAUCAAACUGUUUGUAUUUUUAAGCUAUUGUAGAAAUCUACGCUUUUAAUGAAUAAAAUGUUUUAAGCAAUCUACUUGAAUAUUGCGCGUUUGAGACAAGUUCAUUUGUUAUACAUGUUUUUACGAUAACGUAACAUAAAAAUUUAAACCAGAUAAUUUUUGGGAAGUAUGUCUAAUAUCUCAACACUCAAAAAAUAAAUCACAAGGAGGUAUUUUAAAUUGACAACACAUGUCUGUUAAACGUUAAAGGGACUCCACGGGAGAUAAUGACAUAUUUCUAGAGAUAAAAUUUAUCGAGAUCGAGAAGUUGUGUAUAAAAUUUCAGAUCAUUCGCUACCUCCGUUUCUUUCCAGAAUAAUUUGUAAAAAAUGAACCAAAAUUGAAAAGCGUUGCAACGCUUUUCACUAAAAUUUGGCUAAGAAUAGAACAAAAAUACGAUUUUCAUAUUUUUUCCGAGUAUAUUUCUUAAGUAUUUUUUUCGCAUGUCUUUCUAUUUUAAGUGCCCGAAAUGAUCUAUGUACGAAAUUUAAAUUAUGUUUUUACGAUUUUUGACCUCAGUGGAGUUCCUUUAACUUGUUCAUGUAAUUAAACAUUUUCUUCUUAAAAUAUAAACACAAAAUCAUCUGUUAUUAAUGCUGAAGCUUUCACAAUGGUUUACAGAAGUUUUGAUGGUAAUUUAUCAUAAUUGUGAUGUAUUUCAGUGCAAAACAAUUCAGAAUCUUCUAUUACCAUUUACCAGCUUUACCAAUUGUUUGGCUUAUAUUUGUCUGCAUAUUACAUUUUUUAAAGGGAGCUUUUUCGGAAUAAUUUUCUGGUUACUAAAAUAUAUAGUAAUAAAUUCAUUUACCUAACGUAUCUAUGAAAUACAAUUAUAAACACACUAGGUAAGGCAAAUUUUAUUCUUUACCCCCUGUAUUUGAUACGUUUGGAAGACGUGUUUGUUUUACAAAUAUAGCUUGAGAUAGUUAUA